AUGCAUAUAUUAUUGUUAUUAAUUAUGAUAAUUGAAAAAUUUAGUUUAACCAAAGCCCAAGAGGAAAAUUCUACUGUCAUUGGUUGGACACUUGGUGUUACAGGAGGAAUUAUUAUUAUCGUUGCCUUAUGUAUAUCUUUACGAAUUUGUAUUCUGAAAAAUACACAGUCCCAACGAACCUGCUAUCCAUCACCAAUGGUGUAUGUACAUCAGACAGGUCAAUUGGUCAACACGUUUCCCUAUGGAUCUUAUCCUCCAUCUUAUCCGCAGUCAACAUUACCAUCAUUUAAUCCAGAUCAACCUCCACCAUACAGUGAAGCGAUCAAAUUGGCGAGUGUCAAUCAAUAA